UUUCCUCAAGCAAUUUGCAUUACUAAAUCAUCCAUAAAAGAAGUAAGAAAGAAAGGGAAUGGAUAGCAGAGGUAAUGACAUCACUUACAACGCCGGCGAACUAACCGGUCAAGCUCAGGCGAAGAAGGAUGAUUUUAUGAACCAGUGCAAGGAAGGGCUUAACCAAUCCACCCAAGACAGUUCCUAUACUGCCCAAGCUUCCAGCUUUCUACAUCAGACCGGGGAGCAAGUGAAGAACAUGGCUCAAGGAGCAGCUGAAGCAGUGAAGAGCACUCUGGGGAUGAACACAGAGAACACUCCCACCACCAAUACCAGCAGCCUCAACCACCCAAUCAACCCAAGCAAUCCAAGCAAUCCAAGCAACCCAUCUACUAGGAUUUGAGGUGUUUCUACGUUGAACACCAUGAUUUGCUAUGAUUUAGCAGUAUUUAAUUUGGUCUCCUAAGUUAUUGUUAUGACAUUUGCUGCCUCUCUUUUGUGAGAAGGCGAUUUUACAUUUGUUCUUGUUGAUUUAUUUAAGAUGUAAUCGUCUUUGGGUCAAAAAGAAAAAAGGGGAUGACGAGAUGAUGCCUCUUCAUUCCAAUUGUAAUAAAUUUUGAUUCAUGGAAAUUAUCUUUC